GAUGGUUCAUCAGUUAUCAGAUCUGCUGAGUUUCCUGGUUGAUGGUUCAUCAGUUAUCAGAUCUGCUGAGUUUCCUGGUUGAUGGUUAAUCAGUUAUCAGAUCUGCUGAGUUUCCUGGUUGAUGGUUAAUCAGUUAUCAGAUCUGCUGAGGUUCUUUCUUUUCUUUUUUUUUUUUGAAGUUUUGCUGCACUGCAGUCGUUGGUGAAGCAACAUGUGGCUUCUGCUGCUCUUCGUCUGCGUGUCGACAGUUGGUGGCGUCCCCAUAAACGCAGCCCAUGAUGCUACUAGUGCUCCAGGUAAUGUUACUAUCACUUCAGUGCCUGAUGUGCAACAGCCAACCAUGAAAGACCAUUUAGAAGGCAGACUCCCCUUAAAUGACACCAGGAAUGUGACGAGUCCUGCCUCAGGUGUUGUUAUUUCAGUCAUUGAUCCGCUACAGCAAGCCAGUGCAGAAACCUUAGAAGAGCUUCAUGAAGACUUGGUUGUCCAAGAGGGAGAUAUUUUGAUACCGGAGGACAGGAACGCUGUGGAGACCCUGUGGGCGGACGCCAUCGUACCGUACACCAUUAGUUAUGAACUGGCUGAUCGAGAGUCAAACAUCCUCGCCGCCUUCAAGAUGAUAUCAGAUUUCACAUGUGUUCGCUUCCAAAAACGAACCACAGAGCUGAACUACCUGAAAUUCCUGAACAGCAGAGGCUGUGCGUCCUUCGUCGGCUGUCGAGGAGGAGCCCAGCCGCUGUAUUACGGCCGGUCGUGUAGCGUUGGGAACCUCUGCCAUGAGAUCAUCCACUCACUGGGGCUGCAUCACGAACACACACGCAAGGACCGGGACCAGUACAUCACUGUGCAGUGGACCAGUAUCACACCAGAGAGAAGAGAACGACAUCCAGCUGAAGGGAACGAGAAGAAAAACACUUAGAGGAGAAACAGGAACUGAAGCAUUAAGUUUCUGAUUCUGUCAGAUCAUUAUCAUCACAGAGAUACUUUUAGAAGUGUUAAAAUGUAGAUUAAAAGUUUAAACAAAAGGAAACAAAACAUAAUAAAGUGAUUGAGCUUCAUCUAGAUAAAACAAACAAGUGAUGAAACAAGAUAAAAAGAAGGUUACCGGCCCACUCACCAGAUUUCUUGCUAAUAGUAUGAAACAUGUGGAAACAGCUGUCUUUUUAAAAAAUGUUAGAUGUGGUUAUCUAAGACUGGGCAAAUCAUCAAUGUAUGUGUUGUUCAAGGGAAUAAAAAGAACUUCAAGAUGAAAGGCGGG